GAGAUCUACUACUGGACUAAUGAUGGACUAGAUGAUGCCCUAACCAACUACCGCACCAGAGACGAUGAGGGCAUGGUUCCCAUCGCGGGAGAAGACAGAUCCACCACCUGGAUACAGGCAGCAGCCACGAGGCCCUCUGCAGGCAUCAUUCCUGAUCGCAAUCUAGCUGCCAUAGACUUCGCUCAAGUGGUUCCCUGCAUGAUAUCUUCCUUUGAAGAACGAGGAUGGCCCAAACAGAGAGUCCUGAUGCUAGCACACUUCUGGGGAGCGCUGAUGAUACACUGCCACUGGAACUCAAGGAACAAACCAUCGCAAAAAGGCCUGAUGUUAUACCAAGAAGAACAGAGAUGCGCCUGGCACAACGCAAUA